GCUCCAAGUGAGCUGUGUUGAAUGUGUGAUCAUCCUUCAUGUGUUUCAUUCCCCUGCAAACAUGACCUGAAUCAUUUCAUGAGCGAUUCGGUCGAAUAAGUUCACGGGACCGGGUUCGGCAGUGGGAUGCGCAGCUGGAGGUGGUUCCUCUCCAGAGUCAUGCGUCUCUUCCUGCGCUGGUUCAGGCUCUGUCCUCGACGAGGACGCAGAAAGCGGCCGAGCCGAUUACGAGACCUGUGGAACUAUGGGACGGUGCUGCUGAAGUCCCUGUACUACAACGUCCUGACCAAUUCAGACACGGUGCUGGACUGUGUCUUUGAGCCCAUCUACUGGCUGGUGGACAAUAUGACCCGCUGGUUUGGAGUGGUGUUUGUGUCUCUGGUGAUCGCCUUGACCAGCUCCGUGGUGAUUAUCGUGUAUCUGUGUGUGCUGCCCAUCAUCUUCAGCACGUACCCCGUUCACUGGAUCCUCUGGCACCUCUGUUACGGACACUGGAACCUGCUCAUGCUGGUCUAUCAUUACUAUAAAGCCACGACCACAUGUCCGGGGUUCUCGCCGCAGGAAAAGAGUGAUAUACCAACUGUUACUAUCUGUAAAAAAUGUAUCGUUCCCAAACCAGCUAGAACCCAUCACUGCAGCAUCUGCAACCGGUGUAUUUUGAAAAUGGACCACCACUGUCCCUGGUUAAAUAACUGCGUGGGUCAUUUCAACCACCGUUACUUCUUCAGUUUCUGUCUGUUCAUGACCAUGGCCUGCAUCUACUGCAGCAUCAGUGCCAAAGACAUGUUCCUGGACGCUUACAAUGCCAUCGAGAGCUCCUAUCAAACACCUCCACCCGCCUUCACCCGUCAGGAGAGGAUGGUUCAUAAGAGCCUCGUUUAUCUGUGGGUGUUGACGAGUUCAGUGGCUGUAGCGUUAGGAGGCCUGACACUGUGGCAUGCGAUACUGAUCACCAGAGGAGAGACCAGCGUGGAGAGACACAUCAACCACAAAGAGAGAAGACGACUGCGACUGAAGGGCAAGGUUUUCCGUAAUCCAUACCACCUCGGAAAAAUUAACAACUGGAAAAUAUUUUUGGGUGUUGAGAAGCAGAGUGACUGGCUGACGCGAGUUCUGCUGCCCUCCAGUCAUCUUCCUCGCGGGGAAGGCCUGACGUGGGACGGUCCCGCACACAAGAACAACACCAUGGCCAUAUGACCUCACAGUCAUGGACCUGAUGGAUUAGAUCCGUUCAUAAAUUCAUAUCAUGAACUCUGAUGACUGAAGGGGUCUCUGCAUCACUCCUGUCCUUUACAAAUGAACAAUCUCUUAUUAGAGGUUUUUAAUGGUGGUCUACUGAAAUGUGUGUUUAUGGUACAGCGCAAGAUCCUUUUCUCGACACGUGCGAGUUCAGAGUAGGACUUGGUGCCAAAGGCUUUAUGUGAAUGGAUUGUGGUGACAUCUGUGGAAUAUUUAUAUUUUUUAACUCAGACAUUAAUGGGAAUCUGUGUUCUUUAUAAAACUAUUUGAAUGUCCAGAUAUUUACAAAGUGGUCCCUGCAUUUUUUUCAAAUGAAGUUAGUUUGCCUUCUUUUGCAAAUGUUUUCUAAUGAAUAGGUUUUACACAUGAAAUACGUCUGCAGUUUUACCGUGUUUACUGUGGGCUCCAGAAGUCAGAGCACUGGGGGAAAAAAAGUACAUAAAUAUUUUAUAUUAUUUUACAUUAUCUAAUUUUCACAUUAUAGAUUAAAAGCAUAAACAUUAACAUGGAUUUUAGGAUGCCUGAUAUUUGAUAAGUUCCCUGUUUGCUUUAACUUGCUUGUGCAAGUAAUAAGUUAUUACUUAUCAUAAAAAAAAAAAAAGUCAUUGUUGUCCUAAAAUUAU